CUUUGUCUACGAACAGCCACGCUGCACCACAGUUCAAGCUUUGUACAAACUGAACCAAAGUUGUAUCUGUCACACGCUCACUUCUGUUCGAGACCGUUGACGGAGAUUUGAAGUGCAACGCUGCCGCUCCACGGCGUUUCCACCAUACUUCGACCAUCGAAUGCCUGCUUGACGCGCUACCUGCAGCCGUCAGCUUCUGCUCUCCUACUUACUGCUACAGCUUCGAGCACUCGGCUGGCGUUUCAGCUGAAACACCCACAGCUGUAUCAAACAUCAGCGACUCAACCUCACACACCACUGAAAACGAGAAUCAUCCACCUUCGAAGUGCUUCCAACCUUCCCCAGCCUGUGGCUCGACCGCAUAGCGCAAAACACAAGAUGACAUCCCUUCUCUCUCAGCUGCCAGAGCUGCCAAAUCUCCCUGGAACCGAGCCAAGCCGUGCGCCGCUCGACUGCUUUAGGAUCGCGAUCGCAGAUCAGGUCCACAAGGCCCUACCAGAGCAGAUCUCAUUGGACAAAGCCCUAGAGGGCGUCAUGCUGACCACCAAAGGUGACAGUGACUUCAACGUUGCCUUGCCCCGCUACAGGCUUGGCGGCAAACCAGACGAUUGGGCAAAAAAGGUGACCGAAAAGGCCCAAGUUAAUGGGUACAUCGAAUCAAUAACACAACAAGGUGGCUUUGUUCACUACAAGGUCCGCACGUCCACGCUGGCCAAGCUCACUCUGUCCUACAUCAGCAGCAUGACUGCUGAGUAUGAAAAGAGCAAGUCACCCACCGCUCCUUACGGAUCCAACCUCUCCGCGCAAGGCAAAACCGCAAUCGUCGAAUUCUCAUCUGUCAACAUCGCAAAACCGCUUCACGCGGGGCAUCUCCGCAGCACCAUUAUUGGCGCAUUCCUGGCAAAUUUGUAUGAAGCGAAUGGGUGGACGGUAGAGCGCUGGAACUACCUCGGAGAUUGGGGGAAACAGUUCGGACUCCUUGCAGUAGCGUGGAGGCGUUUCGGAGACGAACAGAAACUCGAAACAGAUGCAGUCAAGCAUCUUUACGAAAUCUACGUCGCCAUCAAUCGCAUCGCAGAGCCGAGCUUUCCGGAUGGGACGAGCGAGCAGGACACUGCUCAGGCCAAAGCUGAGGCCGAGGAGGUGCACAACCAAGCUCGUGAAUUCUUCAAGGGGAUGGAGGAUGGGGAUGAGGCAUGCCUCAAAUUAUGGCGCCUCUUCCGUGACCUUUCCAUCAAGAAGCUCAAGAAGACCUACGCCCGUCUCAACAUCCACUUUGACGAGUAUAAUGGAGAGUCGCAGGUGACCAAAGAGCAGAUCAAUAAUGUUUUGAAGAGGCUGCACGAGGUGCCAGGACUGCUCUCCGAAGACAAGGGCGCUGUCAUCGCUGACUUGACGAAGUACAAGCUUGAGAAGGCCAUCAUCCAGCGCAAAGACGGGACCCCGCUUUACCUCACUCGUGAUAUUGCAUCCAUUAUCCACCGAAUGACAGAUCGUCACGACGGCAAAGGCUAUGACAGGCUUGUGUACGUCAUCGCGUCUCAGCAAGAUCUGCACGUCGCACAAUUUUUCAAGAUUGUCGAGCUCCUCGGUUACGAAUGGGCAAAGCCCUCGGCAGGAAAGCUUGUCCAUGUCAACUUUGGCAUGGUCCUGGGAAUGUCGACGCGUAAAGGCACUGUCGUCUUCCUGGAUGAUAUUCUCGAGCAAGCUCGCGAUAACAUGCACGCUGUCAUGCGUACCAAUGAGGUCAAGUAUGCUCAAGUCGAGGAUCCAGAGGCCACUGCUGACCAAGUCGGAAUGACGGCCGUCAAGAUCCAAGAUAUGAGCGGAAAGCGUAUCAACAACUACAACUUUGACUGGGCUCGCAUGCUGAGCUUUGAAGGCGACACUGGGCCAUACCUGCAAUACAACCAUGCCCGCAUGUGCUCGGUCGAGCGCAAGAACAGAGAAACCGGUCUCGAGCUGCCCAGUCCGAUUGACCCGGAGCAGCUGCGGUCUGACUUGCUAAUCGAGCCCAAGGCUCGGGAAUUGAUCAUGCUCCUUGCGACAUACCCUGAUGCGAUUCGCCAAGCCAUGAAGGAUCAGCAGCCCAGCACUAUAGUCACAUUUUGCUUCAAGCUAACCCAUGUUAUCGCCAGCGCUUGGGAGGUGCGUGAGAUAUCGCUUAUUUUGCGCUCAUUUCUGACGCUCAUGCUCGUUAAUUCCCCUUCUCAGGUCGUCAUUGUCAAGGGCGCAGAGCGCGACGUCGCACUGGCUCGUCUCUGGAUG